AUGGAAGACAGAAAUAAUCCUAUCAGUCAAGGCCUGCAGUCCAACGUUACGGCGCAACCUGUGGAGGUUUCGUCCAGCCAAGGAGACGUUGAAACUCGACCUUUCCCUAGGGUACCUCUCGAAAUUCGCAUCCUCAUCUUUGAACACGCUGCCUGUGAAUCUAAAGCUGCUGCUGCAUCUCUCGCGCUCGUGUCGAAGUUCUCGCGAGCUAUUGUGUUGCCGUUCUUGUUCCAUACACUCAUCAUCCAACAGAGAAACAGAACCUUUGAGCUCGUGCGAUUCUUGCGAGGACAACCCGACAUAGCGGUACAUAUUCGUAAUAUCUGGUGCAGACGGAGCAUAACAGAGGAUUGUGUGCUACCUUUAUCUUGCCCACAAUUGGAACGCAUUGCCAUCUCAAGUUGCUGUUUCAGUGCACUCUGUCACCUGGAUGUACGAGGACUUGGCCGCGCCUUUAAGGAAUUUAUUCCAUGGACAAUCGAAGGGCCGGCUUAUGCCUCCCCUCAUGAGCUGCUAAUAUUCCCUGGUUUCGUUGCUUGGCACAAUCAUGGUCUAAGAGGGUUUAUUGCGCUUUCCUCGCGACUGAACCGUCUCUGGUUAAGUCAAACUGUCCAACUUAAUGUUUUGCUCUAUCAUAAAAAUGCUGUGGCUGUUUUGUCGCACCUUACGCAUCUAGCAACACCUAUAGCCGGGCCCAACGCGGAAACCACGGUUCGGAAUGUAUUCAAUGCGUUUCCCGAUCUGACGAUGUUCGUUAUCAUGCCUCGGCUUCAAUACGAUCCAGGAUGUGUAACCCACAAUCUUCGGGGUUCCGAGGACGUGCGUUAUACGGAAGAACAAACGAUCAAGGACCUUCACGGCUCGUACGAUAAGCGGGUACACGUUUUAAACGCCUCAGGCCGGUUUACAGAAGACUUUCUGUUCUCGUUGUGGAAAGGACAAGAGUCUAAAAUUUGGGAUCCAAGGAUGUACCAGUAG